ACUUUUUGGCAGUUUUCAGCUCAUUACGAGUUCAAAUCUGCUUACAUUUAUAGUUUGGGGUGGGAAGUAAGAAAACUGAGAAUGAAGUGUCGUCCACAAUGGACAGCAAGCCGUUUUGGAUGAAAGCGCUGGCUGACGAAUAUCCUGCAUUUGCGGAGAGGUGCCUUGCAGAGAUUUCCAUCCCUGGUUCUCAUGAUUCGGCGUCGCACAACAUCCAUGCAGCAUCUCCACUUGCCCCAGACAGCUUGGACUGGGUACGAAGCCUAGCUGCUGUAGCUGGACAGUCUGUUGUGCAGUCCUACUACGCACCGUGGUCGAAGUGCCAGAACUAUGGCAUCUUCACUCAGCUGCUUAAUGGCAUUCGCUAUCUGGACUUGAGAGUUUGCUUUGUGAAUAACGAACUGUGGUGCUGCCAUGCACAGAUCUCAGUGGCCGUCAGUGAAGUGCUGGCGGAGAUAAAGCAAUUUAUAACUGAAGUCGGUGUCGACGAAGUGCUGCUGCUCGACUUCAACCACUUUUAUGACAUGGACCGAGACUCGCAUGCACGCCUCUGCCACAUGAUACAGUCGGCGUUUGGCGAUAAGAUAUGCCUGCCAUCGGAGCGUACCACUGCGGUUACACUGUCGGAUAUCUGGAAUACGCAACAGCGCAUCAUUGUCCUUUACAAUAACCCUGUAGAGGUGGCUUCUUACCCAUGGCUGUGGUAUCACAGAGACCUGGUGUCCUCGCCGUGGCACAACACACCCGAUACGGACGUUCUCCUGCAGAGAAUGUCGGACCAGUGGCAGCGCUGGGUGGUGCGGCCCAGCUUUGACAAGUUCACAAUCACGCAGACACAGUGUUCGCCCAACUCGACGCUCGUCACAUCCAACUUCUUCAAGCUCUGUGCGUCUGUGACUGUGAAGUGUGUGGAGGACAUGGCAAAGGUCACACAGCCACCAGUCUGUGAAUGGCUGGCGAACCGCCGCAAACUGGCCCCACCGGGUAGCAAAUGGACAGGUGUCAACAUUGCUAUUGCAGAUUUUGUUGAUGUGUUUGAUGGUAAGUGGAUUGAUGCUGUCAUCAGCUUGAAUCUACCUGAAGCUGAUACUAAAUAGGCACCUCUGUAAAACUGCCAUACUACUACCCCACAUGUACAUGUACAUGUACAUGUACAUGUGCAUGUACAUGCACCUGACAGCCUGCAUCUGAUUUUAUUAUUUUCACUUUCUUACAACUUCCAUAACUUCCAUAGCCAGCUUCCAGUUUAUUUUUAUUAUCGUAGCCUCCAAGUACUCAAUUUGUGGGCAGUAUGUAUUUUAGAAGGCGCUCGCUCUAAUCGCUUGUCAUUCCGCCUACACAUACUCCCGGUAUUUAUGUGCGACGCUGGCGUCAUCUCCGCAAUUCGGCUCAUCCAUGAAGAAAUGUUAGCGCGCCGUCAUGUGUGACCAUGUGGGUCGUAAAUUGUUUUGUGAAUGGGCUAUCCGCUGUGUUCAUCUUUGGUACGAUAUUUGCAUUACCCCAGACUACACUGAAAACUAAAGAUAAGCGUGCUUUAAAGCCGACUUAUCUUCCUUACUUGCGCAUCCUAUCUCCCCUCUCCCUGGUAUGUGUCUAUUCUUAUGUAGUACGAGUGUAGUACGAGUGUACUUCUAGGCUUAUAUUCGGAACCAAUAGUUCUUUUAUCAGCUGCCAAGCACAGUUCAUUUUAUAUUCACGGUACAUUGUUACGCCUUCCACUGCUUUCAUCAUAUUUUGUUAUUUAUUCCCACGACGCUGUGCAACACCUUUCUGCAUUGUAAAUAAGAAAGCCAGA